AUGGCGUACGAUCGAUAUGUCGCCAUCUGCAAACCAUUGCACUAUGAGACUAUAAUGAACAGGAGAGCUUGUGUCCAAAUUGCAGCCAGUGCCUGGAUUAAUGUAAUUGGCUAUUCUUCAUUGCACACCAGGAACAUAUUUGCAAUCUCCUUCUGUGGUGGUAACGAGGUGGAUCAGUUCUUCUGUGAAAUUCCCCAGCUACUCAAGCUCGCCUGCUCUGACACGUACCUUGGUGAAGUUGAGGUACUCAUCUUGAGUACAUGCUUAGGCUUAAGCUGUUUUGUUCUUAUAAUUCUGUCAUACGCUCAGAUUUUCCAAACAGUGCUGAGAAUCCCCACUGAGCAGGGUCGGCAUAAAGCCCUAUCCACCUGCCUCCCUCACCUCAUUGUGGUCUCCUUGUUUGUUUCCACUGGCAUCUUUGCUUACCUGAAACCCACCUCCAGCUCUCCAUCAGGUCUGGAUCUCAUGGUGGCUGUUCUUUACUCCGUGCUGCCACCAGUGAUGAAUCCGAUCAUCUACAGCAUGAGGAACAAGGAAAUCAAAGCUUCCCUGAGGAAACUCACUGUCUGGAGAAGUUGA